GAGAGAGGCAGGAGUCAAAAUCCUGAACAGACAGGCGUUUACUUUCACUCUGCUGGGCUCUCUUAGCAAUCCAGCUGGACGUCUCCUCUCACUCUCACUCUUUCGGCUUUCUCCCAACAGUUAGAAGCAAGACUGUUUUAAAGGAGAAGCGUCUGCUAGCACAAAGAAGUCAAGAAACAAGAGGACAGCUGAAGAAAAACUAAAACAAGCAGCCAUGAAGGACAAAGUGAGGAAAGGAGGAAGAAAUCAGGCCAAGACUGAUGAAAUGAGCAUGUCUGGUGGAAAAGAUACUGUUGGUAUUAAGCAACAUGAGGACACAUCAUUCCCUGUGAAGAUCCAAGGAGCAGGAGUAGAGCCAUUUGACCUGCAGGUCCAUGGCUUUUGGCUGGUUCAGGAUGCAGUAAUGACUCUGCUUUCGAAGGAUGAGGUGUGUCCCCGUUCCAACUUGUCUUUGGCGCUCGCUGGUACGACUCUGGACCCGCUGGCAGAACUGCAAAGCAUAAAGGGGCUUAAACCAGGGGCCAUCAUUCGCCUGGUGGAAGAGCCCUACACCGCCCGCUCAGCCAGGCACCAUCUGGCCCGUGUAGUGGAGCUGCUGAGAGCGUCUGGACCUCAGGAUGCACUCAGAGAAGGAUGCUCACCAAGCAUACUGGAGACAAUCACACACACACAAACACCAGACUCACCAAAUGGAAAAAGCCUGAAGCGCUCUUUGAGCAACACUAAGACAGAAACAAGCAGCCAGGAUGGAGCUCCGCCUGAGUACCUCCUCCCUGGAUCCUCGGACAGACCCCUCAUGGGUCUGCUGCCACACAGCUCCCAACAAGACGCCCCCAGCUACCUGAAGGACUUGUCUCUCAGCUGCUGGAACCCGGCUCCAGGACACAGGAAGCUGCAGGGAGACUUCCUGUACAUCACCGGGGUUACAAUGGAGGGAAAACGGUGUGACAUCACAUCCUGUCCAAAAGGUUUCUUCGUCAAUAGGUCUACAGAGGAAGUGUUUGACCCUCGUCCCUCACAGUCCUCCCCAGUUUGUCACUGUUUAACUGAUUUGCUCGGUCAAAUCAGCCCUGCCUUCAAACAAGCUUUGACUACACUCAAAAACAGGUCUCAGUUGCCUUCGGUGGAGGUGAUGCCCACUCCCUACCACACCCUGAGCUGGCUCGGGCCUCCCUGUGCCUCUCGCACUCACAAGAACACCUUCAGCAGACUGGGAGUGGAUAAUCACCCGGAAACACAGGCUCCAGACUGGAAUGAAGAGUUGCAAGCUGCCAGAGAUCUUCCACAAGGCAGUUUGGAGGAGAGGCUGCUGAGAGACAAAACGCUGCUCCAGGUAAACAGCGCAUUUGCCAGGACUGUGGCGCAGGGGGCAGAAACAGUUGUAGAUGGCUUUGUGGAGCCAGUGAAUGGAAACCCCGAAGACCCAGCUUUCCUUUGGGGAGGCCUGUUCAUCAGCCAGGGGGCAGCAAGCACAAUGUUCGGUGGGGACAGGGGGCGCAGGGCUGCUCAGAGGCUGGAGCUUCAGGGAGUGCAGGCCUACAGUGAUCUGGAUGGUGUGCAGGGGCUUCACACUCUGCCUACAGCCAUCGUAGACUACAGAGGGGUGCGUCUGUCUGCUCAGGGUCUGGCCCCCGGCCUGGAGGGCUCAGAUCAGGACCAGGCCGCUGCUCCUGCCGCAAGAGGCUUGCUGUAUGGGGUGAAUGCAGGACCUCAAGAGUCCCCCCAGCGCAGACGACUGCUGGAGCUCUUGGCUCAGGCGGCCAAACAUCUCUCUCUGCAGAGACAUGUUAUUGUGACGCCCAACAAUCACAAGGUACCGCUGUUCACCUCUGUGGACGCACAGGGACUGCUGGGGGCUGAUGGGAGGUACUACAUACUGGACGUGUUUAGGAGCUUCCCAGCUGACGCCAACUUCUCCCGAGUUGUUGAGAGAGAAGGUCAGACAGUUACUGAAGAAGAGGAGGGUGACAAAAAGUGUGAAGAAGGCGAGGAGGAAAAGGGUUGUGUCAAAGAUGGAUGGCCAGAGAAUUAUCUCUCAGACUCUGGACUUCCCAAGAGCUUCCCUCACGGACUGUGCAGACUGAGGCCCGAGCUGGUGCAGGCCUUCGUACAGCACAAACAUUGCCAGUUCACUCAGCAUGUCAGGAAGAUGUUGGAAGAGAAUGGAGGCUUCGAAGAAUGUGCAACAGCUUGUGAUUCUCGAGCCACCACUGCAGUACGAGCUGCUUGUAAAGAGGUGGGCUCAGUCAGCGACAUCAUCUUUGAAAUGCGCUUUAAUCCAAGUGUCUUCUCUCCAGAAGUAUCCUUCCCUCCUGGUGAAAGUAAGUCAACAAAGCUGCAGGAGAGGUUGCUGAGGGAAGCCGCCGCUUUCAUCAUCACACAUCAGAUACCAGCCUUUGUGGAGUAUUGCCUAUACAGCAAUGAGGCACCAAUGGAUGGAGCUUCUCUAAAGCAGGCGCUACAUCUGAGAGGCAUCAGCCUCCGGUAUCUGGGCCAUGUGAUGACGGCCAUCAGCCAAUCCGAACACAAGGAGUGCCUGAGACAUAUAAUGAGAUUGGUCAUAGGGGAGAUUUUCACUCGCUCAACCAAGAGAGUGUUCAACAAUUUCCUCCAGGGUGUGGACAUGCCUAGUCUCUCUUCAGCUGUCAGUCACUUCCUGUGCUGCCUAUUGGUUCACCACUUCACACCUACUCCUGUGGGGGAGGAUACCAAGAAGAAGUCGAGGCGGCGUGGUCGAGGGGCCGGGGCUGGGGCCGUAGCCCCUGAGAGCUUGCCCUGGAGCACACUCACUGGUGCUGAGCUGUGGACCCUGGUCUGCCAGGAUGCUGCUGAGACAUACAACAGCUCUGACAUGCUUGGCUCUGGACCAAACCACCUGGUGGAGCACUACAAUAUCCAGAAGCUCUCUUUGCUCAGAGAGUUCUGUUUAAAGAGCGGAGUACAGUUGAGACUGAGAGACUACAUCCUCGACAACCAAAAUAAAGCUCCCAUUGGUCCAGACGAUGUCCUCAACAUCUUUCCUGUGGUCAAACACAUUAAAAUGCCAACUGUGGAUGCUUCAAAAGCACACCGUGCUGCAGAGGGCUUCAUUCAGAAGGGUCUGCUGGAUCAGGCCCAUGAAAAGCUCAAAGAAGCCACCUACUUCUUUGGUAGAGUGUGUGAUGACCUGAACCCAGAGUCCUGUUUCUGCCACACUCUAUUGGCCAAGGUCGCCUAUGUGCAGGGCAAAGCAGCUGAGGCUCGCAGUGUCCAGCUGAAAGCAGUAGUCAUCAGUGAGAGAGUGCUUGGCUUCGACCAUCCAAACACUAUCCAGCAAUACGCCCUCUUGGCGGUGUAUGUGUUUGCUGGAGGGGAAACCGCCCUGGCCCAGAAGUGUCUCCUCAGAGCUCGUCUGCUAAUGCUCACGGUCCACGGAGAGGACCAUCCCUUCACCGCAACACUGGAUAGCUGUCUUGGGUUAGUGCUGACUGGGGAUCAGAGAGGUCAGUUCUUAAAGAACGCCCUCAGGCUCAACACCUCCUUCUUCGGCCCCUCACAUCUGCACACUGCUCUCAGUCAGCACUUGGUGGCCCACUGGAUGUGUAGCCAAGGUGACUACAGAAGUGCCAUGACCCAUGAGAAAGAGGCCCUCACUGCUUUUACCUCCAUGUUUGGAGAGGAUCAUGCCCAGACACGCACCAGCAAAGAGUUUCUGUGCACUAUAACCAAGCAAGCAGUGAAGGUGGAACGCUCCCUCCGACAGGCAGGAGCUGACAGCACUGAGCAGGCGGUGGAGUGUCUAUCCUCCAAAUCUGACACGGUGCUAGAGCAAAUGGUUCUGGUGACAGGGAUCAGAAACAUCACACACCGGGAUGGGCUCCAGGAGUAUUGGAAGAAACACAAAGAACUAAAGGCAGCGGUGGCAAAGGAACUUGGAUUCAUUGUAACCAACGGGGUCGUCACCCGGAUUGUGAACGGAGAAGAGAAAAGCUCAGAUCAAGUAACAGGAAGCGGGAAGGAAGCUGAGGGUGGAGGAAACCCAGUGGUGGAAAAUGCCAGCGACAGCCAACAGGAGCAGCCACAGGAAGAGAACUCAGAGAAAAGUGCUGCCAUAACUAAUGGUCAUGUAGUGGAGCCCGCUGUAGAGAGUCAGGAAGGGGAGAAAGCAGAUGUAGAUGGAGGAGAAAGUGACAGAGCUUCAGAUGCCGAGGUCAAUAAAGUGAACGGGGGGUCAGAGGUCAGUGAUGCAGGGCAGGAAACUGAGUCCAGUGCACCAAAUGUGGUAAACGGCAACACAGUCAAUGGGGAGGUAAAAUCUAAUGCAACAGCUGAUGAAGGGAUGAAGUCAGAGUCAAAUGGGGUUAAUGGUGAGAUAAAUGGAGCCUGUGACAUCACUGUCGAGCCGUCAGUCCUUAAGAGUAAAGGAACCUGGGCGGAUGUUGUUUCAAAAGCCAAUGGAGCAGCACACACAGCAGUCAAUGGAACAGCAGGUAGUGUCACUGCUAACGGAGACGCUGAAGAGUGAAAACAUGUCGAACAGGAAAACAGUGUUGUAGUCAAGUUUUUCUUAGUCACUGCUGUAAGAUAACACUCUCCCAGGAUCUCAGAUGUAUUAUGAUCCGAUAAACAUAAAGCAGGCAACAGAAUGAGAUGAUGAAUAUUACUUGGUGCUGGAGGUGUUUUUCCUGAUGCUGGGAGAGGGCUGUACUGUGGAGUGUUAUUUCUUUUUUUCAACAAUAAACUUUUUACUCUGGUUUC